GUGUCGUCGCUUGCGAAGGCAUUUUGGUAAUGUGGAGCCUCAACCUCACUUGCUGCUAACUAGCUUCUCCACGCUUGAUCACGCAGCCGUCUCAAACUUGUUCGUCAAUGUCAUAAGAGGUGACAUGGAGCUACGUUUGACAUGCUUCGACGUCCUAUCAAAGAAUUAAUCCGCAGCCGGUUAGCUUUCGCUAUCGCUGGGAAGCGAAUGACAGCCGCUUGCUAAGAAGCUGACUAAACGGGAGGAAGGAAUGAACCACAAGAGCAAGAAAAGAAUUAAAGAGGCCAAACGCAGCGCCAGGCCCGAAUUGAAAGACUCUUUAGACUGGAUCAAGCACGCUUACUAUGACUCCUUCAACGUGUCGCACAGCUCCGUAAAGGACAACGUCGAACGAGUGGAUGCGCUCCGUCUGAGCCCGGAAGACUUCAUCGAGCGCUUCGAGAGGCCCUACAAGCCAGUGGUCCUGCUCCGAUGUCAGGAGUCCUGGGCCGCGCGGCAAAAAUGGACUUUGGAGCGCCUGAAACGCAAAUAUCGCAACCAGAAAUUCAAAUGUGGCGAGGACAACGAUGGCUACUCGGUGAAGAUGAAGAUGAAGUACUACGUGGAGUACCUGGAGAGCACCCGCGACGACAGCCCACUUUACAUCUUCGACAGCAGCUACGGCGAGCACGCCAAACGCAGAAAACUCCUCCAAGACUACCAGGUGCCAGUCUUCUUCACCGACGAUCUUUUCCAGUUUGCCGGAGAGAAGCGACGGCCGCCCUACAGGUGGUUUGUGAUGGGCCCCGCUCGCUCCGGCACCGGCAUCCACAUCGACCCGCUAGGCACCAGUGCCUGGAAUGCCCUGGUCCACGGCCAUAAGAGGUGGUGCUUGUUCCCCACCAACACGCCCCGAGACCUCAUCAAGGUGACCCGAGAGGACGGGGGCAAUCAGCAGGAUGAGGCCAUCACCUGGUUUAACGUGGUCUACCCCCGCACGCAGCGGCCUGGCUGGCCUGCUGAAUUCCGACCGCUGGAGAUCCUGCAGAGAGCCGGAGAGACUGUCUUUGUGCCUGGCGGCUGGUGGCACGUGGUGCUCAACCUGGACACGACCGUCGCCGUCACGCAAAACUUCGCCAGCACCACCAACUUCCCUAUAGUGUGGCACAAAACUGUACGAGGGCGUCCCAAACUCUCCAGAAAGUGGUACCGGAUCCUGAAGCAGGAGCGACCCGACCUGGCGGCGCUGGCCGACCGCGUGGACCUGCAAGAGGCGACCGGCAUCGCUUCGGACAGCUCCAGCGACUCGUCGUCCUCGUCUUCGUCCAGCGGGUCGGAUUCGGACUCGGACGCCGAGUCGUGUUCGGAAGGCGACGCGGCGUCGCACCGCAGGAAGAAGAGACGCACGUGUGGCGCGGUGGCCAACGGAGACGCCUGCGGUCAGGACGACUGCCUGAGCAAAGAGAGGAGCUCGUCGCGCUGACGGACGCCGCGUGGGGGCAACUUUCUCUUUCCAAACUCUUUGAUGGUAAAGACCUGACGGCGGCGGCGAUGUUUAGCACACGUGCCUUGUCGAACGCCAUUUGUGGUGAUCCAUAAAAUGUUUUGUAAGAUUGGAAUUCCGCAGAGUGACGUCACCCUCCAUCCAUCAGCACAAGGUGGCGACCAAUCAGGCGCGGCUGUCCGAGCCAAACGAAGGUGUGACCCCUGUUGUUAGCCUGGAUCGCACGACGCAAGGCUGUCAAAACUCAUUUUGGUCGCGGGCCACAUUGUAGUUCGGGUUUCCGUCAGAGGGCCGUUAUUACUGUCAAACCGUAAAAAUAUUGAAUCUUCUCAUCAUAUUACACAUGAAUUUUAUGAGCUCGUUUUGGAAUCAGAAAUCGAGGGUAACGUGUUUUUCAACUAUUCAUGUUUGGUCACACAAAAAACGGCUUGUCGUAGCUCAACGUUAUCAUUGAAUUAUAUCUGAAAAUUAGAAAUUUGCAACAGAUUCAUGGAUGUUGACACUAGAUUGACCUUCGCUGGCCACAUAAAAUCUGGCCUUGACUUUGACACCAGUGUACGACGGUAAUCCCUCAUUUUUUUCACGCUUCACCUGUUGUGAAAUCAGUGCAUUGCAGAUUUUUUUUUUUUUUUAUCAUAUUGCAUCUUGCUGAUCAUUAACACUGUGAUGGGAUUUCUUUUAUUGUCAUGGUCAAAUCAGUGUUUUUCCUGUCUUUGUCUUUUUUUUUUUUUUCUCAAGUAAUUGCUGAAACAAGACAAGAAAUAAUACUUGUAGAGUACAAAAGCUCAGAUGAGAUUUGUGUCAUUGAAUGCUUCUCUGCGUGAGGAUGAUGGAGAAUGUUGGCUGUGUUUUGUUACUUUAUCAAUAAAGGUGAGAUAAAUGGAC